CUGGCUCAACCAUCAAUAUGGCUCAUCAUAGCACAGACACAGAGAAUCAACCAGAGGAUAAUGAACUGGAUUUUGAAGAACUAAAAAUCGUAGAUGCUGAGUCUAUCGAGUUGACUGAAGUAGAUAUUGACGAUCCACACAUUCAUGUCGACAUCUCAUCAUUAUCCAAGUACAAGGUUGAACAUUUAAAAAGGUGGUUGAUAUAUCGUGGUGAUAAACUCCACAACAUUGAAACAUUGAAAAGUGCCCAAGUCAGAGUGCUGGAAUACUUUGAAAACAAUACACAAGACAUUAUUAUUGAUCCAACAACAGACAAAAAAUGGAUCAGAAAGAAAGCAGAUUCAAUGGGAGUGAUAUUAAGCCCCUUAUGGAAGGUUAAAACUUUACCAUCAACACCGGCUAUACUUGCUGAUCAAAAGCUAACCGCAGCUGAAACAAAUAUGGAAGGAUGGUCGAAAUCCCUUGAUGGUAUGCCAAAUGUCACAGUUGAUAAUAUUAAGACAUAUAAUGACAAAAUCACAAAUUUAUUUUGUCAAAAAUCAACAGCAAUUAAAAAACAUUUGUUAGAGGAACACAAAUACAGAAAAGAGAUUUCUUGACUUACUUCACAACGAUGUGCUUGGAACCAAGUCCAAAUGAGGAAGCACGAGGAAAAUAUUGACCGAAUGCCACUUAGUGAAUUGACUUUUAAAUCGCCAACAUGCAAGCGUAAGAGAUCUGACGAUGAGGAUAAAGAGGAGCCAGGACCAUCGAAAGAGUCAAAAGGAAUAAUCUCGUCUCUGUACGAAUCUCGUAAACAACCUAUUGCAUGUCCACCAAAUCUGGCAGUCCUCUCUAACUUAAUAGGGGGCAAAAUCAACAUUCCUGGUCCAAAACUGAUUAAUGCCAGCCCAGAAUAUUACCGCCAAACAACCUUUGGGAAUGCACCAUCAGGAUCAAUGUUGAGCUACCAAUGCCCGUUGAUGCCACCUAAUUUCAAGGUGUAUUGUAGCAUAGUACGUAAACCUGUUGACUGUGAACCAAAUUUUUUAUAUCCAUCAUUCCCUUUU